GGGGGCAGGACAGAGCAUGGGAAACACCGGGUAGUGGAGGGGUAAAAGCAGUUUACUCACCUUUUUUUUUGCCUAACAGUUCACCCACCUCUUGCAGAAAAAAAAUGCAUUGAAAGUAUAGGGAACGUUACAUUUACCACCUCGACCUGCAAUCAGAGUUUUACUGGACACAUUCUUUUCCCAUCACUACAUCUCUGAUCAUAACCAUAGUAGACUGUACUGUGUAGGACUGUGUAGUUCUCCUAAACAGCCAACAGGCGGCGCCAGGGUAUGAGAGACGAGUGUAAUACCCCACCCUCCCUUCCCUUGUCCGACCACCCUUGAACUACCGCGGGAAACUCAUUGCUUGCACUGAAGGAUAAGCGCGGUCCGUGUAGGUUAUUUACAUUGCAUAAUGUCCAAAAAAAAAGGUCUCAGUCAUGAGGAGAAGAGGACACGCAUGAUGGAGAUUUUCUUUGAGACAAAAGAGGUGUUUCAGCUGAAGGACAUCGAGAAAAUCGCCCCCAAGACUAAAGGAAUAAUCGAAUUGGAGGAGAUGGUCCAAGGUCCCUCCACUCUGACCUUUUUUCUCCAAUGGGUUUUGAGAAGGGGUGGACAGAGGAUGCGACAAACCCAGGAAAGAUUAAAUAAGAAAGAGCCCUUGCCUCUCCUCCUGUCUGCAGCACCCAUGUCAGUGAAGGAGGUUCUCCAGAGUCUGGUGGAUGACAACAUGGUGGACUGUGAGAGAGUGGGCACCUCCAACUACUACUGGGCCUUCCCCAGCAAGGCCCUGCACGCCCGCAAGCGCAGGUUGGAGGAGCUGGACAAGCAGCAUACCGAGGCGAAACAAAGGAAGAUGUCUCUGCAGCAGGCUGUCGACAAAGCAAAAGUAGGACGUGAAGAUACAGAGGAGCGGGCCUCUCUUCUAAAGGAGCUGCAGGCUCUGAGGGAGAAGAGGAGUCAUCUGAAGUCAAAGCUGGAGAAGUACAGGGAGUGUGACCCAGAAGUGAUCGAGGAGAUGAGAAAGUCCAAUGUCACAGCUAAAGAGGCAGUGUCCAGAUGGACAGAUAACGUCUUUGCCAUCAAGUCGUGGGCCAAGAGGAAGUUUGGUUUCGACGACGGACGCAUCGAUAAAGCCUUCGGGAUACCUGAAGAUUUUGAUUACAUGGACUGACUGCACAAUCUGUCAUUUUAAUUCAUUGUUUUUGUUAAAUGAGUGACCUCCGUUGCACACAAUGCAAGUCAAACAUGUUACUUUAUGUUGAAAGGACACACUAAGACCACUCAGGCAAGCCCCCCAAAAAACAGCCUUAUGUUUUCCGUAGUUGACUCGGAGCAGCUGCAAUUUUGGCAUUCGCUCAAGGCCCUUGCAGGUGCAAAUGCUGCUUAUGUGGAACCUGAGAAGGCGCUGUGCUAACCUUUGGGCUGUUCCGUGGUGGUGGGGGGGGGGCUACUUUUGGGACACCUGUUUGCAUGAAAAUCGAGAGCCCAGAGUCGUUGACGGAAAUUAGCUGUGUCCAGCAAAUCUAAUCUUACCUGAUUUAAACAGAUGUAAAUUAAUACAGCCACUCAUGUUGUUUUUGCUCCCACCCCCCCCCAUGUCCCUUAUCUCUCUUUUCAUAAUUUACUUUGACAAAAGAAGCAUGUGGCACCAGGACUGACUGAACUUGCCUUAUCUCAUGUUUAAAUCAAAAGAGGGAGAGGGUCAUUGUGGACAAAAGGUGCUUGGUGAUUGACAAUGCAGUGGUGUGGAGAGUGACGCAAGGAGCACCAAAACACAAAUGGAAGAGCCACUGAAAUAUCGUUGAAGAGGCUGGCUGUACAGUGGGGAUAUGUUUAGAAUUCACAACAUUUAGAAGCUCCAUAAAUUAACUCCCUGUAAAUGUGCUUUAUGGUCUUGUGGUUCUGCAGAGUCUAGACUGAGGUGUUCAGGUUUUGUUGUUGAAAACAUAAUGGAGGAUCCAUUUGAAUGGUAACAUUUCAAUAAAGUCUUAGUGUUAUGUUUUAUCUUAUUUAACUGUUGUGUUUUCCACAGCCCUACAUGUACCUUAACUGAUUUCAUAUGCCUCGAAUUUCCAAGCAACAGGGUGAAUGCAUCACCUUUCAUUUUCUGUCUGAACUGGAAUGUGGCGAAAACCUCGCAAACAAAGGGCAUCAUUUUUCUGCUGUACACCGCGAUUUAUUCAAAUGUGGUAUGAGCAAAAAGGGUAUUGUUGCCGUGAACGGUCCAGAAUUACUUUUGUGCUUUUGCUGUCUGUAUUUGACAGAUUUUUAUCAAACUGCACAAACAAUGGUUAUAAUUUAUGUGCUCAUGGAGUUGACUCUCCCAGAUGCCGUUAUACUACUAGAGGUCAAAUGUCAACCCAUUCGUUCAAAAUGAAAAGUAUCCACACAGAUCCUACCCAUUUCUUCACUUUGCAGUGACAAUACAUCUACAGUUUGAAUGAUCAUUUACUGCUUUAUCCUUUCUUAUGCAUGUUUUUCAUGUAUUUCAAAAUGUUCAAUGUAUUCCUAAUUCCAUUUUCUCAUUACAGCAGAUUCAGCAUUAUUUUAUAUAUAGGGAAAGGGGGAUAUCUAGUCAGUUGUAAAACAGAAUGCAUUCUUCUGAAAACUGUCUUCCGCAUUUAACCAAACCCCUCUGAAUCAGACAUUAUUCGAAGUCCAUGUGCCUGAGGAGCAGUUGAUGGGCGUUAACUGCCUUGCUCAGGGGCAGAACGAUAGAUAUUUACCUUGGCGGUUCUGAGAUUUGAUCCAGCAACCUUUUGGUUAAUGGCCCAACACUUCUACCAGCCAGGCUACUGCCGCCCAGUAGGACGUGCUGCUACUACUAUACUGUGCAAAAAUAUAAUAUAUAAACGCAACAUGUAAAGUGUUACUUUCUUGAACUGAAAUAAAAGAUCCCAGACAUGUUC